GAGUAGUCCAUGACAGAUGUUAUUGUAAACCCUUCUGGUUGUCGUCAGGUGUUAUCAUUUACAUUUUUUUUAUCCGUUCCUGCUCAACUUCUAGAAUAUACUGUGACAAUUAUUCUCGAAAAAAAAAAACGAAUUUCUUAAACAAGCACUCCAAUUGCAGUGAAGCAAGAGGGUUGUAAAAUAAGUUAAUAAAAAUGCUUUGGUUUCAAGGGAGUAUUCCAGAAGCUAUUGUAGCAUCACGCAAUAGAAAAUGUAUGUUUGUAGUAGUUGUUACCGCAGAAGAUGAGGAUUCACGUAACCUUUUAACCAGAUUAGAAGAUGAAGAAGUCUCAAAAUUAUUUAACAGUUGUGUUUCAAUUUCCUUGAAGAAUGGGACCAGUGAAGCCAAUCAGUUUAGUCAGUUGUACCCUCUUGUCAUCCUACCAGCAAUUUACAUGAUUGGUCUUCAAGGAUCACCAUUAGAAGUUAUUGGUGGAUUGGUGGACAUUCCCACAUUGUUAAGUAGAGCCCAGUUAGCAUUGGAAGUACAUGACAAACAACAAAAUGUGAAUCAAACAUUGCUGUUGGCAGAAAAUGGUGGCUUGCCAGAAAUGACACUCCAGAGCCCAGAAGCAUCACAAAGUGAUGAACCUUGCAAAAGUGAAAUGGAAAAUAGUGAUGUUGUGCCUGAUGACUUACCAUUAGAAGCUCGCUUAGAAAGAGCUGAUCAGCUGCUAGCUCUCGUCCGUGAAAAGAAGAAAGAAGAAGAACGUGAAAAAGAAAAAACUAAGGAACGCGAACGUCGAGAACUAGGCAAACAACUUCAACAAUUAAAAGAAAUGCAACGUGAGCGCGAACUACGUGAACAAGCUGAAUCUCGUCAGAAAGAGAAGCGCGAAGAAAAAGAAGCCCUGGAGAAAAUCCGACAGCAAAUUCUUCAAGACAGGGCAGACCGAGCUGCGCGUUACCAAGCGGCUCAGAUUAGCGAAGAGGAACGGCGACGUACUGCUCAGAGUGCCCAAGAACAACUUCAACAAGAAAGGGCCUCAGCGGCUCGUAGUGCGUUUGCUCGCCUUCAGUUUCGUUUGCCUGACGGUUCUACUCGUACCGAUCAAUUUUCUUCUGACGCCAAGUUAUCGGCCGUCAUCGAAUUCAUUGAUCGUGAAAUUCAACCCAGUUUCAGGCCUUAUACAAUCAGCACUACUUUCCCUCGUCGCCAAUUCGACGAGUCUCACAUGCAGCAGACGUUACGCGAACUGGAUCUUUCUCCUUCUGCUGCUCUUCUUAUAAUUCCUGCAACUGGUUCCAAGCCAAAGGCUAGUACAUCCGUCAGCACUUCGUUGUUCAGUUCUCUCUUCGCACGAGUUUUUCUUCUCUGGAAUUGGAUUUGGGGAUUUUUCUCGAAUCCUACCCCUCGCGUGACUCAUGACGUUCCAGCAGCUCAGCAACAGCCUAGUAAUCUUGGUGUUCGACGUCGGAGGCCUGAAAGCAACAUUCACCGUUUAGCGGACGCUAGUCCGGAUGACAGCAGUGAUGAUAACGGAACGUGGAACGGCAACUCCACCCAACAGUUAUGAAACACCCCUUAUCGUAUUUUCUAGCCACCUCCUCCAAUUUGAGCAAAAACAAGGUUUCUCUUUAAUUUUCGAUUUUUUCUAAAUUACUGUCGAUUGUUUUUGUAACUUUCGGUUUGGGGACUUCGCAAAUAAACUUACUGCGAUAGAAAAA